GCCGUUGGCCUCCGCCUCCUGGCUGCGCUGCCGCUCCCCCUCCCCCUCACGGCGGCGGCGGCGCCGCCACCACCACUACAGCGAGCGGGAGGAGGAGGAAGGGAGAGAGGGAGGCAGGUCCGGCGGCCCUCUCGGGUACCCCCAGCGGUCAGGCGGGCGAGGGGAAAAGAUGGCGACGCUGGGAGGCGAGUCGCAGCCCUUCCCCGCCGCUGCUGUGGCGGCGACGGCCGGGGUGGGCGGCGGCGGCGGUGGCGGCGGCGGCGGGUCGCUAGGUUUGCAGGCGCCGCUGAACCGGGGUCUGGAGCGGGCGUUGGAAGAGGCGGCGCACUCCGGGGGUCUCAACCUGAGCGGCAGGAAGCUGAAGGAGUUCCCGCGCAGCGCCGCCGCCCUCAGCCACGACCUCUCCGAUACGGUGCGGGCAGAUUUAUCCAAGAACAGAUUAACUGAGGUUCCUACGGAAUUGUGCCAUUUUGUGUCACUGGAAACACUAAAUCUAUACCACAAUUGUAUUAAAAUUAUACCAGAUGCCAUAGUAAACUUGCAAAUGCUAACUUACUUAAAUUUGAGUCGAAAUCAGCUUUCUUCUUUGCCAGCUUGCCUGUGUGGUCUUCCUCUAAAAGUCUUAAUUGCAAGUAACAAUAAGCUAGGUACCCUUCCAGAAGAAAUAGGUCAGCUAAAACAGUUAAUGGAGCUGGAUGUCAGCUGUAAUGAAAUCACAGCAUUGCCACAGCAGAUAGGCCAGCUGAAAUCUUUAAAAGAACUGAAUGUCAGAAGAAAUUACCUCGAAGUUUUACCCCAAGAACUAGUACAGCUUCCCUUGGUAAAGUUCGACUUUUCCUGCAAUAAAGUGCUUGUGAUUCCAAUUUGUUUUCGAAAGAUGGUGCAGUUACAAGUAUUACUGCUUGAGAAUAAUCCUUUGCAGUCUCCACCAGCACAAAUUUGUACAAAGGGUAAGGUGCAUAUAUUCAAAUAUCUGACUGUACAGGCCUGUCAGAUUAAAACAGCAGACUCACUGUAUCUUAAUGCCAUAGAACAACAGCAUUUGCCACAACCUGUGGAAGAGAGCAUUGAUGACAUCUACCCAAGUAAAAAGGACUCAGAUUCAGGUGUUGGUAGUGAUAAUGGAGAUAAACGUUUGUCAGCAACAGAGCCAUCUGAUGAAGAUACUGUCAGCUUUAAUGUUCCAAUGUCGGACAUCGUGGAAGAAGACCAGGUUAUAAAGGAAGACUCAGGUCACCACGCUAAUUCAAGAAAAGUGGAAUUCCAUCAGGGAUCUUCUCACUUGAUUGUCAAUGAUAAGUCAAGAGAAACAGGAAACCAGUUUGAUGAAUCGGAUACUCUUACUACUGAAUUUAUGAGUUACAUUAAGAGCAGAGCAGCUGAGUGUGAUGAAUUAUUGAGAAUAGAAGAGGACACACAAUGGCAAACAGACGAAAUAAUAAAUUUAUCAGAAGAACAAACUAUUGAUAUAGCAAUGAUAGAACAACUAAGAGAAGCAGUAGAUUUAUUACAAGAUCCCAACAGAUUAAGCAUGGAUAUUUCAGAGAGCAGUGCUGUGAAUCUGUAUCCCAUGGAACCAGCAACAGCUUUAGAAUUUCAGGAGUCUACAGUAAAUGGUCAAAUGCAGAUGGAGAUGUCUUCCCUUGGUCAGAGAGAAAAUGCUGAAGAGGAACUAGAAUUUCAGAGGAGGAGGGAAUUGAUUAUGGAGAAAGCAAAGCCUGAAGUGAGAACAUGUGAACAGGGUGAAAAAUGGUCAUUGAGUCAGAAUGAUCUAAUUGUUUGGAAUACAAGUGGGCAAGCCUCUCACAAUGAGAACAAAGAUAAAAGUCCGACAAUGUCUCCUACGACAAACACUACAAUCCCUUUUGGCCUGAAGCCACGAUCAGACCCAUCCCUCAGUCUUCCUCCUAUCUCCUUCAACACACUUACACAGGCACAAACAUGGGACAACUUUAGCUACAGUAUCCCAUCUGAAGGAGACAGUGACAAUGUGUUCUUAAGACCACAAAGAAAUCUGGAGUCCAUAGACCCACAAUUCACAAUUCGAAGGAAAAUGGAGCAGAUGAGAGAAGAGAGAGAGCUUGUGGAACAGCUGCGUGAGAACAUUGAAACAAGACUAAAGAUUUGCUUGCCUGAAGACUUGGGAUCUGCUCUGAUGGAUGGUGUGGUUCUCUGCCAUUUAGUAAAUCACGUUCGUCCUCGGUCUGUAGGAAGUAUUCAUGUACCUUCACCAGCAGUACCUAAACUUAGCAUGGCCAAGUGCAGGAGAAACGUGGAAAACUUUCUGGAUGCAUGUAGAAAACUGGGGAUACCAGAGGCUGACCUCUGCUCUCCGUAUGACAUCCUGCAGUCGGAUAUUCGUCACAUUCGAAAGACUGUUGACACUCUGCUCGCCCUCGGGGAGAAACCCCCACAAUCAACUUCUACCUUUCGCUCCUGGGAUCUAAUAGGCUUUUGUCUUUUCCACAUACUUUUUAUAGUCUUGAUGUAUAUAACUUAUCACUGGAAUGUGCUAACAGCAUAACCUGUUCGCAUGUGCACACAAACUUUCUGCUUUGUCUCUGACAAAUUACAGGAGAAGCUCUGCCUACCACAUCACAUCCUAGAAGAAAAGGGCUUGGUAAAAGUGAGCAUAACAGUUCAAGCAUUGCUAGAUGUAACCACAGUGAAACAAGCUUUAUUCACGUGAACCUCCUCUCUCUGCUGUUACCAGCUCCACUGUGCCAUCAAAGAAUCAAAAUACUGCCCAGCUUUUCAAACUGCUUUGAAAAAAAAACAAACAAACAAAAAAAAACCCACAACAAACAAAACCACAGUGCUCCGAGAGUAUUCUUAUACUUCCGAUUUUAAAAUCGUCUUUCAGAUCGUACGCGUGCGGCGACCUACAAAAGCAGAAACCACGGAGAAACGUUUUUCUAGAGCAAAGCGGCGCUUCACGGCUUUUAUAGCUCACUUUGUACAGUACGUAACGAAAACAGCCACCUCUCUGCCACUUAAAACCGUGUGGAGUACCCAGCUGUCUUGCAGCAAGAUACCUUAUACCUUCCUAUUAUUAAACUAAGAAUCAUUGUAAUCAUGGGGGGGGGGAGGGAGAGUAAAUCAGAUUUUUGCCACGUUAGGUUUUUCUGCAGUUGCUUCAGGCUAUUGCCUUUUAAAAAAAAAAAUAUCCAGACAUAAAGUAUUUAUAUAAAUAUUAUUUAUUAGUGAGUUGUUAUUCAUCCUUUGGAUGCAAACUGUAAAUUAGGAAACUGUAUUUUAUUACUGCUUUUUUGUGGUUAAACACUUUAUUUUAAUAUAAAUAUUUAGUUAUUUUUUAUUCUACUUGGUGUGCAGUAGGGCUAGAUCUCCGUAAAUUGUAUUUUCUAAUAUGUAAGAUAAAAAGCAAACAAAAUAGGUGCUUUUAUUAAAAGAACAGCUAGCUGGAAUGGCAUUCUUUAUUUCUUGAAUUUGUGGAACAUUGGUAAGAAUUUGUCUGCAUUCCAUUGAGUUUCCAACAUUCCAGUAGCACUUUUCCCCCCGAUAGACUAAAUUGGCUGAAACUGAGAGCACACCCGUUUUAUUUGUAUAUAGAUGUUUAAAAAGGAAAAAAGGAAAAAAAAAAUCAAAAAAAGGAAAGAUGUAAACUUGAAAAAUAAAUGUGAACAAAUAUUUUUGAUGGCUUAUUUUACUAUGCACAAGACAUUUAACUUUUGCCACAACAAAACGAAUGAUGUGCAUUAGGAUCAUGUGUCUUGAACUAUAAUUUUGCACUGUAACUUGAUUUCUUCUAAAGACUACAGCACUACGGAACAAAAAUAAUUACCAAAUAGCACAAGAACAUCGGCGAGCAGAUUUACCAGGUAGCCAACUAAUUUUUAAUUGUUUGCUUCAAUGAUUCCUUCCAGGGGAGAGAAAAAUUAUUACAACUUUUAGGCCAAAGGUGGGCUCAAAGACCUGAUCCUCCUGCUACGACCUGCUGGGUGCGGUGCUUCCCCUUGGAGUCGCCAUCCUUUUCCCGCAGAAUUAAGCACAACGUUCUGUAGUGAACCUUUGCGGGAUCAGAAAUCCCACGUCAGCAAUACGAAUAAAUUCUUUUUUCUUAUCGCUACUAGAUUUUUUUAUUAUUUUUUUUUUUAAAAGCAGAAUUUAUUAUUAAAACAUCGCACGUUUUAAAGUUCCGGCACAGCGAUUCUCACAGUACCUGGAACAUCCGUUUUUCUUUCCUAGGAGAAGCUGGUGGUGGGAACUUGGGCAAGCGGGAUGGGAAAAGCCGCAUGUGGGGAAAAGGCUCGCUGGGAGGGGUCGGUGGCGCGCACAGGCAGGUAGUUGGAAAUGCACAAUGACAAAAAAAGAGGCGAGGUGGGGCGGGAGGAGGAAAUACCGAAGCAAGAGAAAAAGGGGAGAGGACUAUUGGAAUAAAGGGUUUUUUUGGAAGAACGAUGCAUACUCAUCGCUGUGUCCAGGCACGGUUACACGCACGCUCACACAGACACUGCGUUUAAACCCACCGGUAUUCCAACAGCAGAUUUUUAACGGUAAAUGCAGUAUUUGGAUGCAGACUACACAUUUUAAUACCACGAAUUGCCAAGGUGCCGGUACGUACCGACAGCAGCAGCGUGUGAGGAGGAGGCAAGUGGACUCGCAGACAGGGAGACGUAGGGUUUGCAUGGAAUAGCCAGUGACUUCAACCAAAGCAAAAGCGUUUAUUUUCUAGAGGGAACAUUGACUUAAAUUGUAAUUUUGAUUGGCAGCUAGCAUAUCGUUUCCUAUAAAAUGUACUGUGCACUUUAACACUAAAUUAAAAUGUAUUUUAAUAUUUUACAGAGCUGCACAAAUAUCUGUUUUGUCAAAAAAAGCACGAGCAAUGUAAAGAAAGUAAGUUUUCAAGUCAGAGUUUAUCAAAUUUUAAAAGCAUUCAAAGAUCGAGUAUAAAAAUAGGAAUAUUGAUUUCUGCAUCUUGAGGGAUAAAAUGCAGGUUUCCUGAGUAUUUUUUUACAAUGUAUAUAUGGCAACAUGAAGCUUUGUAAUUAUUAUUUUGACAAAUCUUGGGUUUUUUUCAUAAUUAAAAUUUUGUUUUUUCUCCCGAUAGUGUCUUUCAGUAUUUGCUUGAAGUUGGCUGUAAAUAAAUAGCUCUAAAUAUUUUGUAAUACAGCUUUUUUUAUGCGGUCUUAACCUGUACGCCUAAAAAGAGAAUCUUCAUGACUCUUUGUAUACUAUUUAUAUGUGCAAUAAAACAUGCAUGGCAAAUCUAUAAUACCCUAAGCAGUGAACAUAAUGUAUAUAGAAAAUCUUUACUGUAGUUACAAUUAAACUAUAUUAUUUGUAGAAAUCCUUUAAUGACUACCCCUCUGCCUGACGAGUUUCCUGUGGAAGAGAUGGCGUUUGCGGAGUUUAACGCUGGGGGUGGUGGAUGAGGGUUUGGGGAUGGAGAAAGG